CGGCCGCCACGCGGGUUGGGCACGGGGCCCUCAGAGGCGUGCCCUCCCCUCCACGCCCCGCCUCUUCUCCGCGGGCGGCUUGCGCGUCGGGUGGUCGCUCCGGGUCUCUGCUCCCCACCGCAGCGCAGGCGCCGCCCGGCACCCCGUCAACUUCCCGGACCAUGGCCAACACCGAGCGCACCUUCAUCGCGAUCAAGCCGGACGGCGUGCAGCGCGGCCUGGUGGGCGAGAUCAUUAAGCGCUUUGAACAGAAGGGUUUCCGCCUCGUGGCCAUGAAGUUCCUUCGGGCCUCUGAGGACCACCUGAAGCAACACUAUAUUGACUUGAAAGACCGCCCAUUCUUCCCAGGGCUGGUGAAGUACAUGAACUCAGGGCCAGUCGUGGCCAUGGUCUGGGAGGGACUGAAUGUGGUGAAGACAGGUCGAGUGAUGCUUGGGGAAACCAAUCCAGCGGAUUCUAAGCCAGGCACCAUUCGUGGGGACUUCUGCAUUCAAGUUGGCAGGUACUCAAGUUUCCCACAGAGCCCGUAAAGCCAAGAUGUUGGUAGUGUGCGCCAUGCGACUGGCUUCUUGUGCCCAGAUCAUGCAGAGUCCUGGGUUUAAUUCAUCGAGCCUGAGAAUGAAGAUUGCUGUAACUCCUGCUUUGGAAGUCUUCUAGGCUUUAAAGUUUAUGGGAAGAUUCUUGAAAGUUAAAGAUUUGGGAAGUGUGAGGAUGUCACAUUUACAGUAAGCCCCUCUCAGCAAUGGUGUUUAAGAUAAAUAUCCAGUAAUUUAACAGCUGAAUUCACAUAUAUUUGACACAUGAGAACCAACUUGCGUUGAUGAUCUGCAUUUAUGUCCCCAAAGAGUCAGUAUUAAGAAAUGUUGACAUGCGAUUCCAUACAUUCUUACACUAUAUUAAAGUAAUAAAUUUUCCUUCCAGUAACAACUAC